AUGCUCUGUCGCACACCGCCGUGGCAGGGCAGGAGAGAGAAGCUAUUGGUCGGAGCGGCCUGGCCAACGUCGAGUUUCACUACCACCGCCAACUCCUCCCUCGAGAACCCCAGAAUCUCUUCAGACAACGAAAACUAUUCGAACGUGCCUGAUUUGCACGAUCAAAUUCGAAAUCCUCCGUCUCUGGUAGCGCACGACGAAGCAGAAGAUCCGUGUGAAUGGGGUGGGACGCCGGGGGACGAAUCAAAGCUGGCCGGCACUUUCAAGACAUUUCUCCCAUCCUUGGAAAGCUGUGGGGUUGAUCAAUUUCACUCGGAGGAAGCUAGGAAAAAAAUGCCCAAAUUGAAAUCAAAAUUGCUGGUUGGGUCAUUUUCGAACACUAUUGUUAGCGGGAAGGAACAUGGAAUUGGGCCGCCACGGCUGGCGACGCGUCGAAGCACGAGAAGUGUCCAGGAAGUCGAUUGGGAGUAUGGACAACCUCGUAUCAGCCCUGAAUUGGACUGGAUGUUCAUAGAUCAGGAAGCCCUAAUCUCAUUGAUCAAGAACGUUGUUCUUAUGUUGCAGAAACUGGAGUUUGUACAGCCUUCGUUCGAUCCGACUUGGACCCAGUUUUGA